UUUUACAAUAAUUAUGAGUAACAUUUGAUCGAGUUUCUAGACGGAUGUUUUACCGGGUUGCACGAGGUCAAAAAGAUCACUUCCUUUCAGUCAAAGCAAACGUGUUAGCAUCUAAAAUGAGUUUGUUUUUACCCAAAUUAACGUGCAAAAAAGAUAUUGAUGAAGCUAUCAAAGGUGUAGCGGAAAAAGUGGUAGUUCUGAGGUUUGGAAGCGAUGAUGACUCUGUUUGUCUCCAGCUGGAUGAGAUAUUAUCGAAAACUGCCCAUGACCUGAGUAACAUGGCGUCCAUCUAUAUCGUUGAUGUAGACAAAGCGCCUAUUUACACAAGAUACUUCGAUAUCAGCUACAUCCCAUCAACUGUUUUCUUUUUUAAUGGGCAGCACAUGAAAGUGGAUUAUGGGUCUCCAGAUCAUACCAAGUUUGUUGGCAGUUUCAAAACCAAACAAGAUUUCAUAGACCUGAUUGAGGUGAUUUACAGAGGAGCCAUGAGGGGGAAAAUGAUAGUCCAGAGUCCCAUAGAUCCUAAAAAUAUUCCUAAAUACGAUCUUCUCUAUCAUGAUAUUUAGAGUAAUUAGCUUCCGCUGUGUGGCAUUACUCUCAAAAUCAUGCCAAAAUGGCCCUGACUAUCACUAACUGCAGAAUAAUAAGAAGGUGAUUUUAUUUAGAAAGUUGAAAGUUUUCACAAGUUUAGGUACAAACUGUCAGAAUAGAAACUUUUCAUGUUGUUCUUAUUUCUUCCUACAGAACAGAAAAUACAAUGUAUUUUUUUUGAGUAGCUAAAAAUAUAAUGUUGGUUUAUAAAUGUACAGUUGUUAUUGCAAUAGAAAAAUGUGUGAUGUAAGGAUAUCUUUAAAUUCUUGUGGAUGUGAUAAAAAUGCAUAUAUAUUAUAAACUUGGUGAAAUUAUCCUGGGCUAAUUAUUUCCUAUGGAAAUCAGACUCCAACCUGCAAAUAAAUUAAAUCCACUGUUGCAAUGUAAAGACUUCUGUAUCACAAUAAACAAUAUUUUCUUCCUUUC